AUGGUACUUAAAUUACCUCCACUUGAAUUUACAGAAGCACUUACUGAUUCACCAGAAUUUCGUGAAAAAUUACGACAACAUGAAAAUGAACUUGAAAAUACAUCAAAUGCAAUAAAAACAUUAAUUAAAAAAUUAAACGAAGUUAUGGUUGCUAAUAAAACUUUAUCAAAAGCAUCAAGAAGUGUUGCUGAAACAUUAAAAAGUUUUAAAUUUUUUGUUGUUGGAAGUAAACAAACAGAUGAAGAACGAGAUAUAGAAUCAUCUCUCUCAUAUAUGGGUGAAGUAUUACAUCGAAUUGAAGAAGCAAGAGAUGCACUUAGUGCUUCAUCGGAAACAUAUUUAAAAAAAUUAGAUGAAUUUCGAAAAACAACAAUUGGAAAAGCAAAAAAUAAAAAGAAAGAAUUUGAUAAAACAACUCAACGUUAUUGUGCUUUAAUAGAAAAUAAUAUGAAAAUACCAACAAAACGAUCAGAUCUAUUUCAAGAAGCUGAUGCGAAUCUUUUAGUUCAAACAAAAAAAUUUCGUGAAGAAACACUUGAUUAUGUUUUUUUAUUACAACAAGUUCAAGAAAGGAAAAAAUUUGAUUUUGUUGAAACAUUUUUGGCUUUAAUGCUUAAUUUUCUAUCAUUUUAUCAUGCAGGUCAAGAAAUUUAUAAAGAAUUUGAUUUUUUUAUAAAAUUUUUACAUCAUCGUGUAUUAAAAUUUCGUGAAAAUUUUGAUUGUUUUCAACGUGAAGGUGAAGAUUUAAAAUGGAAAAUGUUAAUGCGACCGGAAGAUCAUUUACUUCGAAAUCAAGAAUAUAAUCGUGAAGGUUAUUUAUUUCUUGUUGAAAGAAAUAAAAUUAUUGGUACAACAGCUUUAACAAAAUAUUAUUGUCAAUAUAGAAAAGAUAUUAGUCUAUUGAGAAUGAUUAAUUUUACACAAACGAGUACAAAACAGUUAAGUCCAUAUGAUGUAUUUGUACGUAAUUGUCAGAUUCAUCUCGCCGAUGAAAAACUUGAUAAACGUUUUAUGUUUGAUAUACAAGCUAUUGAAAAAGGUGCAUCAUCAGAUAAAAUGAUUGUCUUUACGUUUCAAGGAAUGACGGAAGAAGAUCUGGAAGGAUGGGUAUCAGUUAUGGGAGGACAAAUAAAUGUAUCUAAACCACAAAUAUCAUCAAAAACUGAAAUGCAAAAUGAAUUAGAUGAAACUGGACUAGAUUUUAUAAAAAAAUGUAUUCGAAUAAUUGAACGUCGAGGUUUACAUGAACAAGGUUUAUAUCGUAUUGUUGGUAUGCAAUCAAAAGUAAAUUCAGUUGUAGCACAACAUUUUGAUUCACAUAAAACAAAUGCACAAAAAUUAUCAACACCUGUUGAUGAAGAUAUGGAAUUAAAAACAGUUUGUUCAGCACUUAAACUUUAUUUAAGAACAUUAAAAGAACCUGUAUUUACAUUUAAAUUACAUAAUCGAUUUAUUGAAGCAGCAAUGAUUGAUGAUAAAGCUGAUCGUAUUCGAACAUUACAUAGUUUAUUAAAAGAAUUACCUAAACCAAAUUAUGAACUUUUACAUAUUCUUAUGGCACAUUUAAAUAAAGUAUCAAAAUUUCAUGAAAAAAAUUUAAUGACACCUGUUAAUUUGGGUGUUUGUUUUGGUCCAUCAUUACUUCGACCUGAAGUUGAAACUGUUUCAUCAAUAUAUGAUAUUAAAUUUCGUAAUGCUAUUGUUGAAUUAAUUAUAAUACAUUAUGAAAAAAUGUUUAAAUCAAAACUUGAUCAUAAAGAUAUUGAAGAAAUGGUUCAUACAAAUGAAAAUGGUGAAAAUGCUGUUAAUCUUGGUACUUCUUUAUCAUCAUUAGCUUCAAUUUCAAGACGACCACCACCAACAACAAGUAUCAUAACUGAAACAACAGGUGAUACACGUCGACAAGGUUUAUGUAAUCAAGAUUUUGGUUUAAGUGUUACGAAUAAAAAUGUAUACACACCAACGUCAGAAGAUAUAACUAGAAAAGAUUGUAAGUUAUUAUUGAUUAAAUUUCGAAUUCAAAAAAAUUAA